AAAAGUCUAGCCGUCUAGCAACGUUGUGCUGACGCUUCCCGCGCCAUCAAACGGUCUCAAACGGUUUUUUAGUAUGUUUGAUUGUCGCACGUGGUCGGCAUGAAACAACGUUUUUAGGAGCAUGGAAGAAAUACACUCGGCUCAAGUAUUGCCAUCUGCAAGAAAGGAGAAAAAGAAGAAGAAGAAGACUCUUGGAGAUAUCCAAGAAGAAGGGGACUUCAGAAUUGAACCUUCCGAAAAAGAAGGAAAGUUAAAUACUUGCGACUGGCCAAUUCUUCUCAAGAAUUUUGACCGACUCAACAUUCGCACCAACCACUAUGUCCCUCUGCCCCAUGGAAGUUCUCCACUUAAGAGAGAACUGCGGGAGUACAUACGUUCAGGCUUCAUCAACCUGGACAAGCCAUGCAAUCCAUCCUCGCAUGAAGUCGUGGCGUGGAUCAAACGCAUCCUCAAGGUAGAAAAGACUGGCCACAGUGGGACGUUGGACCCCAAGGUGUCCGGCUGCCUCAUCGUAUGCAUUGAGCGUUCCACUCGCCUGGUCAAGUCCCAACAGAGUGCAGGCAAAGAGUAUGUCGGCAUCUUUAAGCUGCAUUCCAACCCACCCUCCGAAAAGGCUGUCUAUCAGGCAGUGGAGCGACUAACUGGUGCUCAGUUCCAACGACCUCCCCUCAUCUCGGCCGUCAAGCGUCAGUUACGAGUGCGGACUGUGUAUGAGUCCAAGCUGUUAGAGUUCAACAAGAAAACCAACAUGGGAAUCGUGUGGGUGAGUUGCGAGGCCGGGACCUACGUGCGGACAUUGUGCGUUCAUUUUGGGCUCCUCAUCGGUACUGGAGGCAUCAUGCAGGAACUACGAAGGGUUCGCUCUGGCAUCCAGAGUGAGAAGAAGGGAAUGGUAACGUUGCACGACGUCCUAGAUGCGCAGUGGAUGUGGGAAAACCACAGGAAUGAGUCAUACCUGCGGAGGGUCAUCCGACCUCUAGAGUGCCUUCUGGUGUCGCAUAAGCGCAUUGUUAUGAAAGACUCUGCGGUGAAUGCCGUCUGCUAUGGAGCCAAGGUGAUGCUUCCGGGUGUUUUACGCUUUGAGGAUGGUAUAGAACUCAACGAGGAGAUAGUCAUCAUGACGGCCAAAGGGGAAGCAAUCUGUUUAGGUAUUGCACUGAUGACGACAGCGACAAUAGCGACCUGUGACCACGGAGUGGUUGCCAAGAUCAAACGUGUCGUCAUGGAAAGGGACACGUACCCUAGAAAGUGGGGUCUGGGGCCAAAUGCAAUAAAGAAGAAAGCUUUAAUCAAGGAGGGCAAACUGGACAAACAUGGUCGUCCAAACGAAAAUACCCCACAGUGGUACCAAGAGGGAGCGACAGAAAGGCCAGAAGCAGAGAGUGGCAAGAAGAAGCCUUUGAUCGAAGUUGUUGAAGAGGAGGAGGGGGAAGGAUCUGUGGAGUUGCCCGUCAAGCAUGAAAAGAAGAAGAAGAAGAAAAAGGAAGAGAGGGAGGAGGAGGAAGAGUUGCCCAGCAAGCAUGAAAAGAAGAAGAAAAAGAAGGAGGAGGAAGAGUUGCCUACCAGUCACGAAAAGAAGAAGAAGAAAAAGAAAGACAAGCACAAAGAGGCUGAACAAUCGGAAUGAAAUUCUUCUAUGUACAUGGAAUUUGUUGGCCUUUUUGUUUUCUUCAAGCUGCGGUGCAUCUUUCAUAAUAAAUACUACAUCCAAGUG